CACCGUGCAUAACCACGUGUCGCUGUGCGCUGCGGGGUAUUCUAAUAACACCACGUGCACCAGACGGCGUGACGAACCGUGAUUUGUGCGCGACGUUGCUCGUAACGACACGUCGGCCUAUUUUGCAUAUGAGGCGCAAAUGACAGCCAAGUGGGACAGGCCAGGCCCUUUACACCAAAGAUAGACACAAAGUGCUAGAGCAACUCCACACAGACAGCACCGGUAGUCAGGAUCUAGCCCGGGUCUCCGGCGCUGUGAGGCAGCAACUCUACCGCUGCACCACCCUGCCCUCCCGAUGUUAUUUAAUGCCAUUCCAAUCAGUUGAUAUUGACGUUGAUGUCAAGCAUUGGCAUCUCACGGGCGUGACGCUGGGCUGCAGUGCCACUUGUAAGCCAGCUUUUGGUUUGGUGCAGGAGACCGGGGUGUCUGAUGAGCCGGGCAGGAGCCAGAGUCGGGGGAGCUCCCGUCAGUCAUCCCGUGCCCCGACACCGCGAGAUGAAGGCACGUCCCUGGAGAACUUGCUGCCGCUGCAAAGCGAAGACUCGCCGCGAGUGGUGACUGGAGAUCACGGAACUCCAGAAAGAAGCCAAUGGCAGUUUGGGUCGGGGGGUGAUGGAGUGGUGUUGCCGGCAGUGACGGAGCACGAGGUCACGGCGUUUGAGCCCACGUCUGAGGGAGGGGGUUUGGAGACCACCCAGAGCUCCCCCUCUCCUCCUACACCCUGUGUUGAUGUGUCUGCACUGGCAGUAGUGGACAUGCGGUGUGACAAAGGCACUCAGUGUCCUGAAGGGGGCGGCGAUGAGCGCCGGGAGUCACCGGGUCCACACAGCGGCCGUGACGUUCGAGCAACCUCCUCCAGCGACAGAACAAGAGCCGCCCGCAGGAUCUGUCAGAUGCUGAACCAGUUCACGAAGACGUUGAGCGAAAUGCUUCUCCAUGAAGGGUUGGAGAAGUUGGCCCGACAGUUGGACACGCCUGACACCUGUAGGACUGAAGGACAGCCAGAGGGGCACGAUUGUCUAGACGUGGUGACGAGGUGGUGUGACACUCUGCUUCCUGCAGUCGUCUCCGGUAAAGAUACCACCGGCAUCGGCCAAGAGAAUAAAUGA